AUGAACUUCUCAGUUCUAUUCGUCUUUUUCGUUGGAGCCUCUCUUCUGUCAAUUGUGGCACCGGCUGUCCCGACAGCUUCCAUUUCUGCUCACGUCUUAGACAUUUCCGGCGGACAUCCAGCUGCUGGAAUCCAGAUUUUGGCUUUUAUUCAACAGAAUGAUGCAUGGACUAAGAUUGGAGCCGAGUUCACACAAGAUAAUGGACGAGUCGAUUGGGUCUCCCCUGACUUUGCCCUGAUUGCUGGUACCUAUCGUCUCGUCUACUUGACUCAACCAUUCUACAAAAACAAGGGAAUCGACAGUUUCUAUCCAUACGUAGAAGUUGUCUUCCAGAUUAAUGACCCAACUCAACAUUAUCAUGUUCCAUUGACACUGAGCCCAUGGGGUUAUUCGACAUACCGUGGAUCUUAA